GUUAUGUUGUAAAUGUAAAGUGACUUGCAAUUUCUGUGUCAUUUUUACGCAAUGGAAGCCAGUCAGUUAGAGAAAUGUGCAAAUUUAGUUCCAUCGUCUUAUAUCGCUCAAGGGCAACAGUUCCGUACAACAAGAAGCAAUAUGGUUAGAAUCUUGUUGGAAAAACAAAAAGUUCCUGAAGAAGGAUGGGAAGAAGAGAUGAUUGAAUUCUUGUUGGGGGAGUUGUCACAACUGGACAGCAAUAAUGCUUUGGGAAACUGUGGAGCGGGUGAAAGAGAAGGAAGGAUAUUUUCAUCUCUUGUUGCAAGGAGGAAUUAUAGACUAGCGCACGGGGUAGGACGCUCUGGUGAUGUUACAGCUGUUCAACCAAAAGCAAUCGGAUCCAGCAUACUAAACAAACUAUGCACUAAGUUAAUGUUGGAUAUGAUAAGAAUUGUGGGAGCAAGAAAUGCAAAAUCAUGUAUUAUUGUUCCUAUGGCAACAGGGAUGACUUUGCUUUUAUGUUUCCUUGCACUUCGUUCGUUACGACCCAAUGCAAAGUAUAUCAUAUGGCCGAGGAUUGAUCAGAAAUCUUGUUUUAAAUCGAUGACAUCAUCAGGAUUUGAACCAAUUAUCAUUGAGAACAAAUUGGAGGGUGACGAGCUACGGACCGAUGUUUCCGGAAUAUUAGAGGCAAUCAAGCGUGUCGGAGCGGAUAACGUCCUCUGUGUUCAUUCAACCACAUCAUGCUUUGCUCCGAGAGUUCCUGACAGACUAGAAGAAAUCUCAUUGAUAUGCAAAGAACAUGACAUACCUCAUAUAGUGAACAAUGCUUAUGGACUACAGUCAUCUAAAUGUAUGCAUUUACUACAACAGGCAUCACGUGUUGGGAGGGUUGACGCGUUUGUUCAAAGUUGCGACAAAAACUUCCUUGUCCCAGUAGGUGGCGCUAUAGUGGCCUCAUUCAACAACGAUAGUUUUCUCGAUAAAGUAGCGUCCACAUAUGCAGGCCGAGCAUCAUCAGCUCCGGCCAUUGACUUGUUGAUAACAAUGCUUAACAUGGGGGUGGUGGGGAUGAAGAAGUUGCUUGCUGAAAGAAAGGAAAAUUACAGCUACCUAAAACAAGAACUUACAAAGCUCGCAGCAAAACACGAUGAAAAAUUACUGGAGACAAGUCAUAAUCCAAUCUCUAUGGCUAUGACAUUAUCGAGCUUAGAAGCAAGUAAUUGUGACGUCACACAACUCGGAUCCAUGCUGUUUACACGACGCGUAACUGGCGCGAGAGUCGUUCAAACUUUCGCAAAAAAAGAGAUCGAAGGUCACGUGUUCACCGGGUAUGGUUCCCAUAGCAACCAUUACCCUCAUUCUUACGUCACAGUGGCAGCUGCGAUCGGUAUGAGACGAACCGAGUGUGACGUCAUAGUGAAGUGCAUCGACAAGUGCAUGACGUCAUUAAAAAAGAAAAAAUCAAACGCGGUUGGUCAAAAUUUAACUGAAAACAACGAAACUAAUGACGCCACGAAUCUUGACGUAAUUAACGAUGACGUCACCAAUUGAAAUCAUGCAAUAAAAUCGUUUAUUUUAUUUUUAAAAUAAUUCAUUACGCGCUUACAGUAGAAGGUAUGCAAUAAACGUGAAAUAAUGAA